GUUCUUUUCGUUGUCGUUGUUGUGACUGUGUCAGAGUCUGCGUUCGAUGUGAUUGUGUUUUGAGACAAGUUCUAGUGGUUUUUGGAUGUGACGGCGACGCUGCGUCUACGCUCUUCUAUUGGCCGCCGUUUCAGGAAACGUUUCCUUUUAUAGUGAACGGAGCGUCGAGUUGCCCACUUCCGGCUUGUCGGCAUGUAAGAUCACCUGGACCCGCUUGCCAGCCAGCCAGAGCCGAACCCCGCGUCCGUCGGACUCCGGGCUAAGGUUUUGUAGGUGCCACCAUGGGGAACUUGAUCAGGGUUCUGAGCAGAGACAUCGACAACAACGCGGGAAACUUCUUCUUGGACUUUGAGAGCGCUGAGGCGUCGCAGUCGGAGAAGGAACUCUGGGAGAAGGUGGACGAGGUGCUUACGGAGGCUCAGGUCAUUCUGGAGCAGCUACAGGCCUACACAGGCGCCGGAGAGGAGAUCCGACUGGCCAUCCAGAGUCCCGGCGCCGAAGGCGUUCAAGAGAGGGCGUGGGCUGCCGUUCUUCCGCUGGUGACCAAACUCAAACGCUUCUACCAGUUUUCGCACAAGCUCGAAAGCAGUCUGAGGUGCCUGCUGAACGCGCUGACGGAUCCGGAAGCCCCGGCGACUCAGCAUCUGGAGAAGAAGCAGGCGCUGGCCCGCCAGUUGGCGCUCAUCCUUCACUUCACGCUGCGUUUCGACGAGCUUAAGAUGACAAUCCCGGCCAUCCAGAACGACUUCAGUUACUACCGACGCACAAUCAGCCGUAUGCGCAUCAACAACUUGUGUGGCGACACAGACGCCGAGGUGAACAACGAGCUGGCCAAUCGCAUGUCUCUGUUCUACGCCAGCGCCACGCCUAUGUUGAAGACACUCAGCGACGCCACCAGCAAGUUUGUCGCCGAUAAUCCCGACGUUCCCGUCGAGAACACCACCGACUGCCUGAGUACCAUGGCCAGCGUCUGCAAAGUCAUGCUGGAAACACCAGAGUACCGAAGCCGCUUCAGCAACGAGGAGACUUUGUCGCUUUGUCUUCGAGUGAUGGUGGGCGUCAUCAUCCUUUAUGACCAUGUGCACCCGGCGGGCGCCUUCGUCAAGACCUCCAAUAUCGACAUGAAAGGAUGCAUCAGGUUACUUCGAGAGCAGCCGGCGAGCAGCGUGGAAGGUCUCCUGGAUGCGCUCAGGUACACCACCAAGCACCUGAACGAUGAGGCCACACCAAAACACAUUAGGAACAUGCUAAGCAACAACUGAGCGACAGCGCCUCCUUCUGGACCGGUGUGAUGAGUUUUGUGGUUGUGUUUUAUUUUUUUAAUUGAUUUUAUACAGUUUUUGGUCCCUGAUUUCAAACCUUCUAUCAUUUUUUUAAAAAACUCCUGUAUAUUGAGAUAGCAUGAUGUCAUUAACUCCCUGGCUGCCAUUGAUGGCGCUAGAUGUCCAAUCCUUUUUCACUGGGAGGUGUGAAUGGACGACACGGUAAUUGGCACUGAAACAUGAGCAAUCACAGCUAGUCCCAGUUUAAAUUAAUUGGACAUCUAUUGUUGCCAAUGGCAGCCGAUGAGUUGUUAAUAAAUGAAUAUUGAUAUUGGAAGGAAUUUUGUCUGUGGAU